UAUAUAUAUAUAUAUUUUUAAUUUAAAGUAUAUGAAAAUGGUUGAGGAUAACUAAAUUAUUAUAAAGUAUCUGAACUAUCCGAAACUACCCGGAUAAUUUUAUCUGAAAUAUCCAAAAUAUCCAAAAAAAUUGUCUAAUUCAUCCUAAUUAUUUGAUAUUUUACCCUAAAUAGCCGAUAUUAUAUCCAAAUUAUCUGAACUCUGAAUCCGAACCGGAUCCAAAUGAGAACCAAAAUUUUCCGAGCAUUUUCUGGUUCCUAGUUUUACUAUCCGUACCGAACCGAAUCUGAAACUAUUUGUACCGAACCGAAACUAUCCGAACCGAACCGAACUGAAAAUAGGUCAAGUAGUAAAUGAAUCUUUUAGCCCCCUACUCAAACUACCCGAAAUAUCUGAACCGAACCGAGUCCAGGCCUAGUUCACACUACGCUUCUCCAAUCCCCUUCACAAGGGUAAUAUCGUCAUCAAAGCAAAAGGGCAGGAUCGGAACCAUCCCCUUUCGGGUGGAGCAAGAAAGUGGUUUAAUUAAAAGAGGAUCCGACAAUAAAUCAACGGCUCAAACAACUCACCACAGAUCCUACGGUCCUCAUCUCUCCUCUCGAUUAAAUCUCAUCCGUCGGAUCAGAAUCCAUCACCAUUUAGAUUCUGAAGCGUGAUUUAGGCGAAGAGUGAAUCCUCGCAUUUCUAUUUUAGGAAACCCUAAUUUUGAUAUGGUUUCUAUUUUAGGAAACCUUUUAAAGAAAUGUUACUGGAGGAAGAGCUGCAGAGUUCAUCACCAGCUAGCGUCUCGGGAGCAUAACUACCUGGGCCUCUCUGACUGUUCCUCUUCCUCUGUUGGAAGCUCGACUCUCUCUGGCCUUGAUGACAAAGCUGCUAUUAGCCUGAAAGCUACGGAGCUGACGCUUGGCCUUCCUGCCAGAGAGACCGAUGAGAAGCCUUUCUUUCCUUUGGUUCCUUCCAAAGAUGAGGUUUCCUUGAAGAAAAGAGGCUUCUCUGAUGCAAUGGAUAAGUCUAAAAGUUCGGUUUAUACUGAGAAAAACUGGAUGUUUCCUGAAGGGGUAGCAGCUAACCAAUGUGUAAUGAAGAAGGAGGCGACGCAGAACAUGCCCAAGGGACAGAUUGUUGGUUGGCCUCCAGUGAGAUCCUACAGGAAGAACACGUUGGCCACCACUUGUAAGAACAGUGAUGAGGUUGAUGGGAAGCCAGGUUCCGCGGCGGCCCUCUUCGUGAAGGUCAGCAUGGAUGGUGCUCCUUAUCUGAGGAAAGUUGACCUGAGGAGCUACACUAACUACAUGGAGCUUUCUUCAGCCUUGGAGAAAAUGUUCACCACUUUUACUCUUGGUCAAUGUGGAGCUAACGGAGCUGCAGGGAAGGAUAAGCUCUGUGAGACCAAACUCAAGGAUCUUCUGAAUGGAAAAGACUAUGUGCUCACGUAUGAGGACAAGGAUGGAGACUGGAUGCUUGUUGGAGAUGUUCCAUGGGAGAUGUUUAUUGAUGUCUGCAAGAAGCUGAAGAUAAUGAAAGGCUCUGAUGCCAUUGGUUUAGCUGCAGCUCCGAGAGCAAUGGAGAAAUCGAAGAUGAGAGCUUGAAAAUGAGAAGCUUUCAAGUUAUACUGAUUAUGUGCGGUUGAAAUAUCUCUUUUGGUGGUGUUUUAAAAAAUUUCAAAACAUCUUUAGCUUCUGAAUUUUUUUUCUAUUAUAAAAACUACGUAUGUAAGAAAUGAAGAAGAAUUGACUACGCUUUAGCCGAAACAGUAAAGUGGUCGCUGUUUCUACUUUCUAGAGUCUGGUCUAUGUUUGGUUUGAUUUGAUUUCGAUGUGUGGUUUGACUUUUCUAUUUUGGGAUAUUAAUGUAAUGUUAUUCUGCCU